AUGCGUGCCGACUCCUCCCUGUCGGUUGCUGUUGGUGAUGAAGGUCUCUUUCCCCCAACCGCCCUUGUGGAAACAAUCUGGGAGGCUGCGCGAAAGAUCCGCCAUGAAAUUGCCAACAAGGUGGACAUGGGGCUCCACAAUGAUAUGAACGGUUUCGCACAAGCUGUCACCAACUGGCGCACUCAGCUUUUAGAGGAAUCUCAGCGUCCGCGGCGUUCCUCGUGGGUCAUUACGAAUUUGGGUGCGUUCGACGACCAGCCAGCCCUUGAUGCUACUACUGCCUCCACCCGCUACCAGACAGACCGCGAUUCGUGGUCAAUCACCCGCUCUUCCUUCUAUUUGUGCGCAAACGUUGUCUCCUCCGCUUUUGGAAUUGCCGCCUCAUCCGUAAAAGGAGGAGGCCUUUCGAUUUAA